CGCGGAUCCUUUCUCCCUCUUCUGCCGCGCAGCAUCUCCUCUCUCCAAAAUAUCCCGGCGUCCUGCUGACCGCCCGUUCUCGCGUCAGCGUCCCUCUUCUCCCGAACACUUGCUAUCGUCUGCCCUCCCCUCUCUGCCUCCGCUCUCCUUCGCAUCCUCUCUGCGCCCCCUCAUCUCGCUCACGCCUCGUUUCUUGACCGCUCUCUGUGUUCCCUGAGAUCUCGGCAUCUAUCUAUUGCUUCAUCUCGCGCGCAGCCUCUGUCUGUGCACACACUCGAUCUUCCUCGCGCGUCCCUCCCUCUGGCAUGAAAUGUCCGCGCUCGUCCAGGAGGACCACCGUGGCUCCGCCUCAUCAUUAGCAGAAUCAGUGCCUGACUCCGCGCACGACUCCGCGCCCGACUCUGCGUCCGUCUCCGGGUCGUUUGGUAGCUCCUUUGGCCGCGAAAAGUCCAUACGUUCCGUCCACUAUGAUUCCGAGUCCCUCUCAUCACGCAUCACCGAGCCCCCCGAUUUCUUCGACCCGAACUACGACACCGAUAUCACCUGGCUCGAGGAUGAUUCUCCCUAUCCAGAGGUGCGCUCCGCCGUCGCCAACUUUGACGACCCUUCCAUGCCCGUCAACACCCUCCGGGCAUGGGUGCUCGGCCUCUUCUGGGCGAUCAUCAUCCCCGGCGUGAACGAGUUCUACUAUUUCCGAUAUCCGUCCAUCAUGGUCACUGGAAUCGUAGCACAACUUGUCAGCUUUCCGAUGGGUCGCGCGUGGGCGCGAUGGGUGCCCGCCGUCAAGGUCUUCGGCGUGUCCCUCAACCCCGGACUUUUCACCAUCAAGGAACAUGUCCUGAUCACCAUCAUGGGUGGAGUGGGCGCACAAGCCGCAUAUGCGACGGAGAUCAUCGCGGUGCAACACGUAUGGUACAAGCAAGACUUCAACUUUGCAUACCAAUGGAUGUUGGUAAUGUCGACACAGCUCAUCGGCUUUUCCGUUGGCGGCCUCGCACGCAGACUGCUAGUCGCCCCAGCGUCCAUGAUCUGGCCGAAUACCCUUGUCCUCUGUGCGCUCUUCAAUACUCUCCAUUCGCAAAGCUACGCCGGCAUCGGCACGCACAGCGGGCUCAGUCGCGAGCGCUUCUUUGCGUUCGCUUUCCUCUCUGCGGCCCUGUGGUAUAUCGUCCCGGGCUACCUCUUUCAGGCUCUCAGCGUCUUCACAUGGGUCUGCUGGAUAUGGCCAAAUAAUAUCAAAGUCAACACGCUUUUUGGAUACCGUAGUGGCAUGGGGUUCUCCCUGCUCUCCUUUGACUGGAAUCAGAUUGCAUUCAUCGGCAGUCCUCUUUCGACACCCUGGUGGGCCGAGGCCAACGUCAUUGUCGGUUUCUUGAUUUUCUACUGGUUCCUUGCGCCCAUUCUCUACUUCACGAACACAUGGCACUCCCAAUAUAUGCCUAUAUCUGCACUAGGACCAUUUGAUAACACCGGAAAACCGUACAACCUAACUAGGAUUCUGAACGCUGACUCAACAUUUAACCACGAAGCAUACAAAGCCUACUCUCCGCUAUUUCUUUCCGCAACAUUUGCUAUCUCCUAUGGACUCGCCUUUGCGUCCAUCACGGCAACGAUCGUCCACGCCGCCCUCUACUUCCGCAAGCCGAUCAUGGUGCACCUGCAGAGGUCGCUCGCCGAGCAGCCUGAUGUCCAUGCACAGCUUAUGGCGAAGUAUCCUCAAGUUCCCGAGUGGUGGUAUGGAUGUAUACUAGCUGUUACCUUCGUCUUCGCGUGUCUGGCCAUCGAACUCUUCCCGACGCAGAUGACAAUAUGGGCGCUGAUCGUCGCGCUGCUCAUCGCCCUCGUAUACAUCGUCCCAGUUGGCAUGAUCCAAGCCGUCACAAAUCGGCAAGUCGGCCUAAACGUGAUCACGGAGCUGAUCGUCGGCUACAUGCUCCCGGGCCGCCCUCUCGCGAUGAUGAUGUUCAAGACGUGGGGAUAUAUCACAAUGUCCCAAGCGAUGAUCUUCACGUCGGACUUCAAGCUGGGACACUACAUGAAGAUCCCGCCGCGCCCGAUGUUCUGGUGCCAGAUCGCCGCGACCGUCGUUGCUGGAACCGUGCAGCUUGGAGUGGAGAACUGGAUGUUCUCCAACAUCCCAGAGAUUUGUUCUCCUGCACAGAAAGACAUCUCCGGAUUCACAUGUCCAAAUACGGAGGUUUUUGCCACAGCUUCCAUUCUGUUCGGCGUGGUCGGCCCUUCGUUACAGUUCUCCCAGAACCAGCUCUACUACUUCCCCCUCAUGUUCACCGGCAUCGGCUACAUCCCGCCUGCAAGCGCGGUAAACUACGUGCCGUGGGCAAUCAUCGGCUUCCUCUUCCAGUAUGUCAUCCGAAGACGACAUUUCCCGUUCUGGGCGAAGUACAACUACGUGCUUUCCGCCGCGCUUGACGCGGGGACCGCCAUCUCGACGAUCCUAGUGUACUUCAUCCUGCAAUAUCCGCAGAAUGGGCAGAUAGGGAUGAACACGAUCCAGUCAUGGUGGGGAAACAACGUGUUCACAAAUACCGCGGACUGGAACGGGGUGCCGCUCCGCUCCGUCGUCGAAGGGGAUCACUUUGGGCCGAACACUUGGUAGACUAGCCGCUUGUUGUAACAUUAGAUGUAUUUGUUGCUGUCGUUCGCAGUGUUUUUAUUGGGUUAUUG